GUCGUUGGGGGGACGUCACGUGAUCGUCCAAGAUGGCGGCCCCCAGGGGAAGGGCGUGCGCCUGGCCAGUGCUGUAGCCGAGUCGCCUUUUUUUUUUUUUUUUUUAACCAGAGGCGGACGCCGCGGCAGCGGAAUAAGUUUUUUAACGGCUUGCAGAGCUCUAGGGCUCGAGGUGAGUUUUACCCGGCGAGUAUGUUUGCAUGGGGGAAGCGGCGCUCAAGGUCACGAUGGACGUCAAAUGUGGGGAGACUAUGGAGUAUGGUGGGUUUGAGGUUACGGGGUGGGGGUAGGGGCAGGGGCAGGGGCGAAACUAGGCUCUGUUUCACCCGAGUCAAUAACUUGGCACACACACACACCAUGCAUUUGCGUACAAACACGCACAGGCUGGGAGCCUCAGUGGCGCCCCACUGGAGGCUUUCCCCGGGGCAACGUCACCCGCCCCCGGUAGCUGCGGCUCUCGGUGUGGCCUCCCUGGUGAGACUGUUUGCCUUUAUUUAAAAUUAGAGUCUUAUUCCCGUGGAGCUUAUGUCCCUGCAGGCGUGUAUAGAAUUGCAAUCAUUUAUGGGUGCGGCUUUCCCGCUGCUUUGUGGUAAGUGAAAAUUAGUAUAUAGUGAGCAUAGUAUGUUACUUUUUAUUAUUUUUAAAGUAGUGUUGUUGGCAUCUGUCAGGCUUGGAAGACAAUGGAGGAGUGCACCUUCAGGGGUGAAGUCAAAAGGUUGGAGAGUUACAGCGCCUGUUGUGGCUGAAGAGAUUGAUAAGGGGGAGACAUGAUGCAUUACUGCAGCAGCGCAACUGGACACCUUAAUCUGCCCCAGGGGCAACAAAACAUGUCUCUCCCAUAUCGGUCUCUACAGCCACAGCAGGUGCUGCAACCUUCCAACAGCUUGACUACACCCCCAAAGGCUCAUCCCUGAGACAGAUGGAUGACAGCAACAAAUAUGUAUAGCAGUUAACAGCAGUGACUGUUAAUGAAAUACGAAGAAAAUAUCCAAAUGUAAUUGAGGGCAGGAGGGUUGAUUACGUCUCUUAGAAAUGUGAAUUUAGGAAUUUUUCUUAGCAGCACAAUGACACAAUGCAUGAGCAUGUAAAGGGAAGGAAUAAAGAAGUAUGAAGACUGGCUCAAUUCUUAACUGUUCCCAUUGCCUGGAAAAUGUGGCUCUCAGGGUGUAAAUAGUGUUAGAAACUGGGUUGGAAAAUUUUGGAGUUACUCGCUUGUCCAGGCAACAACAUAUUUAUGUGCAUGCAGGUGAUAUGCAAAGAUUGUAGUGACCCGGAAGGAGGUGGAAGGUGUAGUGGGGUUAUGUGCACUACACUGUCAUGCUCAGUGACUUGGAACAUAACCCCAGUGCGAAUCAGGGAUUGCCUGUAUAGCUGGAAGCAACAGGAUACAAUUGAGGACUUCAUACAUGCCCUCUAGCAACUCUAUUGUGUGGGUCAGAUUUAACCCUGAACUGUGUGCCAGAUUUACUGUAUCCCAUCAAACUAAACUGGAACAACCUUACUAACCAAGCCAAUGUCAAAUAUGUUAGAUCAAUGGACUUCUCCCAUUUUUAAUCUGAUAUAAGGAGUGGGGACAUGCAUGCAUACACAGACUAAGGGAAUUUAUGCUUGGUGUCUUUGGGGAGUUUUUGUGUGUGUUAAGCAGCAGCGGCAGCUUGCUCCAUGCGCAAUAAAUGGACCGUCCACUUCCUCCCCACCAGCUGUAGAAGAAGAGAAGAGUUUGGAUUUGAUAUCCCGCCUUUCACUCCCUUUAAGGAGUCUCAAAGCGGCUAACAUUCUCCUUUCCCUUCCUCCCCCACAACAAACACUCUGUGAGGUGAGUGGGGCUGAAAGACUUCAAAGAAGUGUGACUGGCCCAAGGUCACCCAGCAGAUGCAUGUGGAGGAGUGGGGAAUCAAACCCGGUUCCCCAGAUUACGAGUCCACCACUCUUAACCACUACACCACACUGGCUCAAAGGCGGUGUAAGGCGGGCUGAGUGGGAGGAGGCAGACAGGCUAGACGCCCAGCGGUGGACCCCGCCCCUAUGGUUACAGUAUUUUUUUCUAUAUUUAAUUGCUACAUUCCAUUUAUAAGACGACCCAUGGUUUUACACUUAAAAAAAUUGGGGGGGGGGGGGGCUCGUCUUAUACAUGGAAAAAUACGGUAUUCUGUUUCUUGGACUAUACUGUGCAGUAGAAUCCAAGAGUUGACAUAAUGUCGGCAUCUGCUGGCUUCUCGGCUGUAAAUUUCACAAACUAUUAUGCCUGGGUCAUUAAAUAUGUUUUUCUUUCAAUCAUAUUGCUGGUGUGUCUGAUGUACAUACAUACAUACUCAUUUUUGUAAUCAGCACCAUUUCGUUUUCUUUCCCAGUGCUCCAGGAACUAAGAUGGCAGGAGAAUUGAUCGAACCUACUUCAGAAAAAAAAGUUCAUAUUGCAAGUAGAGACAUAUCUGAAAUCCUGAAAGAAAGGUUUGAGCGGCUUUCAGAAGCAGAUCAGUGAGUGGUCUUCGCAAAUUUAAAAAUAUUUUAAACUGGGGUUGUUUUUUUCUGUUCCCAUUUUCAAAGCAUUGAAAAAUUUACCUUGUUGUACAUGGUGCAAGUAGUUUGUGAAGAAUGGAGCCCACGUGAUACCAUACAAAAUACCACAUGGAAGCCUAUGCCAAGUCUCUGCUUUCCUCUAUUCACAAAAAUAGGGAAUGCUAUUUUACCUGACUAGCAGGAUUAGCAAGAUAAACAUUAAAGACAAUGUUGGAUGUUGAAACCAAUGUGACUUGAAAUAACACUUUCAGUGUUUUAUUUAGUUUAACUUUUAAUUGCAUCCUUCAACUUAAAAGACAGGUCCCAGGACUUCAGAAAAUGUAUUUAGUAUUGUCAGUUGAAAUAACUGAAGACCACACGUUGCUUUUUAUAUAUGACCCCAUCAUGUAUAAAACAUAAAACCCUCUGCUAUUUAGAAAUGUAAAAACAUUUGUAAAACAUUUCUUCAAGAGAACAGCAAAAUCUUCAAACCAGUUUUAAGGAUCUGCUAGGGUUCUUGCCAGUGACUAUGGUUGUCCUUAGAAGCUGAAGUGAUGUAUUUACUAUUGUCCCUCCUGCUGCUCCUUCUAUAGCUGCUCAUAUGCUUGCAUCCUCUAUCGGAGCCUCAGAGUAUUGGACAGCUGUUCACUCUAAGCGUAGAUCUGGCAAUCCUAUGGACACUUGGAAUAGUUCUCCAAUUAACAAGAGGGCUUAUAGCUCAAUAGGUAGAAUUGCAAUCCUAAGUAUUUUGUUGCAGCUGUGAAAAUCACUGUCCCUUUUUAAUACUGCAAGUGGUUGUAUCUGUCAGCUCUAAUAGGACACAGCAACAUACUGGUAGCACUGGGGGAUAUACCCAAAGAAUACAGUAUUUGUCUGGUUUCACAAAUGUGCUUCUUUGCACAGCACACAAGGAUACAACUCUCCUAAUGCACCAUGUUUGUACAUGCACAGCUAUUAGCAAUUCUUGAAAUGUUUUUUCCUUUUCUUCCACAGGAGUUUUUUUCAAAGUGGAUCCAUGUUCCUUGCCUUAAAUGGAAGUCUCUGCGGCUUAGUAGCAAAUAGCUUGUUUAGACGUGUCCUGAAUAUAACCCAAGCUCGUAUUGUAUCUGCUCUGCCCAUGGCUGUUUUACCGUUCAUUACAACUGUGGUCACUUAUGAGUGUUUGAUUAAUCGGCCUUUAAUGGAAGGUACGUUAUCUGCAUUCAAAGCGAACUGUAACCUUUGAAAUGUCUGUGCUGGGAAGGAUGUAUUAGCCACACUGGGACAAGGUUACCUACUCACAAGACAAGAGGCUAUUUGCAAUACUCCCCAGAUAUAUAGGGCUAUGGAAACUUGUUCCUUUAGCUCUUUGUAGUACUCUCUUCUUGAGAAAAUAAAAUGAGCUUAAGGUGCAGGUGAGGUGGGGGGUGCCCCACCCACUGAUGGUAUGCAAGACCUCACAGCUGGAAGAGUACCAGUUCUUUAAAACAGUAAUAAUACAGUGUGGUGUUUCAGCGCCUUACCUGCAAUUUGGUGUUACUGUUGUUUCUAUACUUUUCCGAAGCGUCCCAAAAGAAACUCAGUAUAUAGAUGUAGAUAAUUGUUUUUGGCAUCCAACAUGGAGAGCCUUCUUGCAUUCAAAAAGAUUAUCUUAGUCCCCUUUGAGUGUAAACUGCAGGAUAAUGCUGUUAAAAUUACUUCCAAAUACUCAACCUUCCAUCUUGCCCAGUUAGCAAGUGAUGAUUCUGGAUCAUGUCACUGUACAUAUUUUGGUGGAGUAGUCUAUAGUGCUAGAACGCCCAAUGCAUUGGCUUCUCUCUUCAAGGCACACCUUGGUCCCUCUUGUGGCAUAUAUUUAGGGAAUCUCAGGAAUAUUUUGCAGCAAUACUUUUAUGACAGGUGCUAUUGAAAUCUGAGCAGCUUAUCAGCCUAACAAAGUCUAAUCAAAAUUAGGAAAGCAGAUUUUAAGAUGCAGUGAUGUAAGCCUGCAAUAGGGAUGCUGUCACUACAUCACUUAAUUCACAUGUUAUUUGUCUGCAAAUUUAAGUCAGACUUAGGGUUUUACAGCUUAUCUGUCUAUUUCGUUCUCCAGGUGAUCUAAAUUGUGCAACUUGCGCCUGGAUCAGAGGUGGUGCAAUUGGAGGAGUAAUAGGUUGGUUCUACCCCAUUUUCCUAGCUCUACCUUUGAAUGCCGCUCUUGCAACAAGGUACGAUUUUAAUCUUCUAUGUAAACUCAGCUUUUACAUGUGCAGUUUUGGAAAAUCCAUUGCACUGAUUGCAAGGGAUGGAGGGGGGUGCUACCAGUGUUGGGACCAUGAGCUGUUCACCCUUACAUGGGAAAUCCCUAAAAUGGAAUUUCAGUUAAAAAUGCACAUUGUUUUUCCACACCUAACUUCAGUUUUCUAGGAUUACCUAAACUGAUUUCCAAGUAUAGCUUCCCCUCCAUCACUCUCUUCAGACAUCCAUUGUCUGGGUUAAUCUGCUUGAAUCACAAGCACUUGCUAUUGCUCUUUCAUUCCUGAACACCACCUGAAAGGGAAAUCUGAAUAAUGGACCAACAAUUGGUUGUAAAAUAAAUAGGUGUAACAAAGUCUGCAUCAUUAGCUUGUGCCUAAUGAAGUGUUUUCUGGCAACAAUAUAGAGCCAUUAGUUUGUAGAACACCUUUCUGCACCUUUUCUGGCAUCAUGUAAAUUGGUCCCCUUUCACAUGUUGUGGCUGCAUUUAAUUAACACAUGUUUUGUCCAUAUAUAGAAUUUGCUCAGUUUUUGCUUCACUUUUAGUAUAAUUAUGAGGUAGUACACAGAGAUGCAGCGUCUAGUAUACAAUUUGGUAAAAGUGGGCUAGCACCUAUUUUGAAAGCCUAAUCUUAAGACAACUGACAAAGAGACUAAAGAGAGCUUGUAAACUGCUGCUCCAUCAGAAAACUUUCUUAAUAAAGGCUGAAUUUAACAGUAGCCUAGUGUUUGCAAUUGUCAAGCUAAUUCUUAUUUCCACCCCACCCCAGGUAUUUAACAACUCCCAUGCCAGGCCAAGAAAACAUGCUGCGCUACUGGUUGAUGGUUUGCAAACCCGUUUACAAAAAGAUGAAAUAUGCUGCAAUCCUUCAAAUUGCAUUUGGAGCAUACCUGACCUCAAAAAGUCAUGAAAUAUACAUUAAAAUGCUGCAGUUGCCCCAGCCUGGAGAAGACCCUGAAGAAAUAAAAGAUAAAAUUUGAAUUUAUGCAAUCAUUACUUAUUUGGUUUUUCUUUAUGUAAAUCAUCCUGCUAGUGUUUUUGUUUUUUAAAGUAGCUCUUAGCAUAUUGAGCAAGCCUUGGGACCUAAUGGUGAAGGGCCAGUACUUUUGCCUGUGCUUUUUCCCCUCCCUCUUUCUUUUUGGUACGGGGGAUAGGUGGAAAGUGAUGAAGGAGACCAGUAUACUUAGAAGAAACCUUUGUGGUGACGCUGGACAGGUUUCCCUCUUGCUCACAGAAUUGUGGAGUUGGAAGGGACCAUGAGGAUCAUCUAGUCCAAUCUCCUGCAAUGCAGGGAAUCCUACCGUACGUAAUACCAUGGAUGUGAGCAGCUGGUGUGUCUUACUUUUUUAAGAAAGAGUAGCUUCCAUUAACGGGUGGGAGAACAUUGCAUCAAGGCUACCUUCCAGGAAGGUUUUCCAAGGAGUGGCUGACAAAGCAGCAGCCUACAGAGCAUUGAAAAGCUCUGGGGUUUCAUUUUUGAGAUUGUAAGUUGCUUUAAAUACUGUAUCGUGUUUUAUUGUUGUAACCAGCUUGGGCGGCGCUUAAGUAAAUAAAGAAGAACAUUCCCUAGAGCUCUUCAAUGCCCUGCAGGUUGCUUACCUGACCAUAUUCCUCUGGAAGGGAAGGAAGAGAUCUUGAUUGUGCAUCAUUUAACACCUAGUGUACAACAAGCUCCUGCUCACCUCCCUGUUGUACUGUCUUAAGGAAUAGCAGAUCUGGACAAUUUCCAUGAUGGAUGCCACCAGAAUAAAAGGAAAACUGCUUGGCCUGUGGCAAGUGGUAUUUAUGACCUACUUGCAGUGGCCCAUGUUUCUCUUGCUGCCAGUUAAAUGUUUUAAUCUAUGUUGCUAAAAUAUUUUUUAUUCAAGACAGUUCUCAACAUAAUAAAAUGUGUAAGGUAAAUAUUUCUAUUUCUACAUUUUUCUCAAUUCUCAUCACAGCAUGGGUUAUGUGAAUUAAAUAUCAUUUUCUAGAACACAGAACACACCAAUCUGAACACAUUACUCAAGGCAGAAGGACCACCCCUCUGUUUAAACAAACACAUUUUCCAUUCUUAUAGACCAUGCUACUACAAAAUUGCUAUAUAUUAUAUUCAAAUGGUUUAUAAUCAACUUUGAGAAUGUGCUCCAGAGAGACAGAGAAUGUGUAUAUGUAUGGAAGCAGCAUCUAAGCUAUAAAAUGAUGUGUCAGUCCUCACCCUGGUUCCAGAUGAGUUGCAAACUCGUCUUAAUAUGCUGGUAACUCUGGCUGGGCAGGGAUUUUUCCCUGCUCAAUUAAUCCAAGAAUCCAGCCCCCCAAACAAGUGGGAAUUAAACUUUGCAUCAUCAGAUAUAAGAAUUUGAACUUCACACCCUUGCGUAAACCACCUCGGGUUGAAGAAGCAAACCUGAACAUUCCUUCUCCUAAUUUAUGUCUAAAUGGACAAAUGUUCAGUAGUGUAUAGGUGUUUGCUUUUGUUUUUUAACUGACAUGGAGUAUGUCCCCAACAAACCUUUUAGCAAUUUUGGGAACAAGACGGAUACAUCCUAUCUACUGUUUUUCAAAUUGGAUACUAAAAACCAGAUAAACCUUACCUAACAUUUUGCAAGUAAAUGUUUUGAUGCAGUCCAAAAAUGUCAAACAAAAGAUUUC